AUGACUGUGCCUAGCAUCAGUCCCAGCUGCAGUGGUGUGAACAGUGUCUGGUGUAGCAGCAGCAGCGGCAGCGGCAGCAGCAGUAGCAGCAAUCACCGUUAUGGGCAAGAGCACACCUUGAGUCCCACCGGCCACUUGAUCACAGCCAUCUGCCUUGGUGUCAUUGGAACCCUGGGCUUUUUGAACAACCUCCUGGUCCUGAUCCUUUUCUGCCGAAAUAAAGUGCUGCGGUCUCCGAUUAACUUGCUGCUGAUGAACAUUUCAUUGAGUGACUUGAUGGUCUGCAUUGUGGGCACUCCUUUCAGCUUUGCUGCCAGCACUCAGGGCAGGUGGCUGAUCGGGCCAGCCGGCUGCGUGUGGUAUGGCUUCAUCAACACCUUCUUCGGUACGGUGUCCCUUAUAUCCCUGGCUGUGCUCUCAUAUGAACGAUACUGCACCAUGAUGGGAACAACAGAAGCAGAUGCCACAAACUAUAAGAAAGUAUGGAUGGGAAUUGUUAUAUCCUGGGUGUAUUCUCUAUUCUGGACCUUACCACCACUUUUUGGAUGGAGUAGCUAUGGGCCAGAAGGGCCAGGCACAACAUGUUCAGUAAACUGGCAUUCCAGAGAUGCUAACAACAUAUCAUACAUAAUUUGCCUCUUCGUCUUCUGCCUUCUCAUUCCUUUUUUCAUUAUUGUUUACUGCUAUGGGAAGCUGCUGUGCACCAUAAAGCAGGUGAGUGGAGUAACCAAAGGGAUGGCUCAAACAAGAGAGCAGCGUGUGCUGAUCAUGGUGGUCGUGAUGGUCAUUUGCUUUCUGCUUUGCUGGCUGCCUUAUGGGAUCAUGGCCCUGAUAGCAACUUUUGGGAAACCUGGCCUAGUUACCCCAUCUGCGAGUAUCAUUCCUUCCAUCCUUGCAAAGAGCAGCACAGUCUACAAUCCAGUCAUCUACAUAUUUUUGAACAAACAGUUCUACAGAUGCUUUUGUGCUCUUUUGAAAUGUGGGAAGAAGUCAGGCAGCUCCAGCAACAAAUGUUCCUCGAGAUCUACUCGAGUGUGCCGUACAAUCCGAAGAGCACACGACGACAACAACUUCACAUUCAUUGCCGCUUCUGCAGGACAGCCUUCCUCAGAACAUCAGGAAGCAACUGUUAGUUUACAGAAUCCAGAAGCAAACAGGGACAGUUUGAAGGCAAAACAAACAGUGUUGAUCGUGGCGCAUUAUAGUGCUUGAGAAAAAAAAGCCUUCUCUCUUUGGGACUGAAAAGGAGGCAGCAAUUGAGGAGUCACUGAACACUGGAUUUUUAAAGUUCCUAGCUCUACAAAGAAUAAAUCUACAACUUGUUUUCACUAUCUGAUACACAGAUAGUAUGCUAUAUAAAGUUAUGAGACACCUAGAAAGAUCAUCUUAAUCAACUGAAGCAUUGCUGGCGUGUUCUAGGGUCCUUCCAAAUGUAAUAUCAACAAAUCUACAGGAUCCUUCUUUAAGCAGUGUAAAUGUUCCAGAUUAUAAUAAUGCAAGAAUAAGAACAUGGGUGGUCAGCCUGAAACACUACUGUCAUAUGUGGCACACACACACAGCAGGACUUUGUGAAUGGGGACAAGAAACCCACUGGUCCUGGCUAUGAGCUACUUCCUGCCUGCUUCUCCAGCGCAGAGAUGCUUCCUGCUUCCUGACUCAGUAGAUCAAAGGGAAACCCCACCCAAGUUAUAUGGGGUUGCAAAUGCAUGUAAUUUUUAUAGAGUGCUGUUAUUUCAUACUUUGAGCUGGACUUGUG